AUGUUACCACCGAAGAUUGCAAAAAAGAAAAAGAUUCAAAGCACCAGCACUGUAAAACAAUCGACUAAAAGUUAUGGAAAGCAGAAGAAAUCUGCAACAUUAGGGACAUAUUUCAUGCAGAGAACAACUCCUGGUGCUCAAAAGUCUCUUCAAAAUUGUUGGCAAAGAAAGGAAGCAGUUGAACGAUGUGAUCUUGCUUUAGCGAAGUGGAUGAUUGAUGCAUGUGUGCCAUUUAAUGCUGUUAACUCUGUGUAUUAUCAGCAUGCCAUAGAUGUUGUAACAGACAUGGGUCCUGGUUAUAAAGGACCAAACUUGCAUGCUAUUCGUGGUUAUUACUUUGCAAAAGCGGUUGAUGAAGUCAAGAUUUAUGUUGAGACUUAUCGAGAGAUUUGGAAGAAGACUGUUUUUUUGAAAACUGUGGAUGUAUCAGAUGUCUCAAAGACUGCUAGAUUGUUGUAUCAGUUGUUUAGAGAGGUUGUUUUGUAUGUUGGAGUAGAAAACAUUGUGCAUAUGGUGACUGAUAAUGCUGCAAAUUAUGUUGCUGCUGGCAAGUUAUUGAUGGAAGAAUUUCCUUCAAUAUUUUGGUCUCUUUGUGCUGCUCAUUGCAUCAACCUCAUACUCCAGGACAUUGGUAAAUUACAGUCAGUUUGUUGUGUUGUUGAGCAUGCUUCUGGUAUCACAAAGUAUAUUUAUAAUCAUUGUUAUCCAAUGUAUUUGAUGAGGAAGUUCACUGGAGGAAAAGAAAUACUUCGUCCAGCUCCUACUCGUUUUGCUACCAAUUUCAUUGCAUUGCAAAGCAUUUUAGCUCAUAAAAAUGAGUUGAGAGCUAUGGUGACAUCUAGGGAAUGGGUCUCAUCUGUUUAUGCUAAAGAUAACAAAGGAAAAAGGUUUGUUGAGAGUGUGCUAGACUCUCUGUUUUGGGAAGAAUGUGCAAUAAUUGUGCGAAUGAGUGAGCCUUUAAUUCGAGUUCUACAAAUGGUUAAUGGUGAUGAUAGACCUUCGAUGGGAUAUUUGUAUGAUGUUAUUCAUCAUGCAAAAGAAGAAAUGAUGAGGAGAUUUCAAAAGAGAAAGGCUAGAGUGAAACCUUUCAUAACAUUAUCAGUAAUCGAUGUUCUUGAGAAGUAUGCACAUGGAAAUCUACCAUUGCAAAGUAAGAUUACAAGUGAGAUGAAGUUGUUUAGGAAUGCUGAACAUGACUUUGGUCGAGUGUCCGCAAUAAAUAAUCGCACCCUUAUGCCUCCAGUAGAAGAUGACCCGUCAAUCUUGACAACUGAAGAAGCAGAGAGUUUUCACCAAGCUCUAUCAACUAUGACCAUACAAGAUACUUUAGAUGAUGAUGAUUGUGACGAUGAAGUUUCAAAUGAGCAUGCUGAUGAUUUAUUAGGUGUUGACGAGAUUGGCUUAAUUCCAUCAACAUUUGAUCCAAAUUUUGCUCCUAUGGACACAGAAGAACUUAAUGUGUUCAUUCAACAAAAGUGA